ACUGGGCACUGAUCGGUCCCACAAGAACAAAACAUGACACAUAUGAGUGGUUUGUCCGCAACAUACCUGGGAUGCUUCCUCCUCCACUCUCCUUCUCCCCUUACUAGUAUCAUACUGGUAUUGUACAUCACCAUCUGUCAUAUUUUCCGCUGAGCCCAUCACAGAGGGUAAACGGUCGAAAACUCGCACAAUACAUCCGCCGACAUUCCCCGGGUCUCCGGAACAAACCGACGGACGAAACAAAUACCAAGGAUAUACCCGAGUAGACAAAUUUCACUUCUCUACCAUCGUCGACAAGUAGCUGGGGAAUAAGCAUUACCACCUGGAUUUAGGGUUAGGCUCGAAAGGAAAAAUCGAGUGAUUCGGGCCAAGAGGUCGAGGAGGUACCUUGACGUGCAAUACCGUACAGUUAAGGUCGUAUCGGUCGGUGCGCUUAGCGAUCAAAAGAUGACGAUUCUUAGCUCUACACCGCCGGACGAACGGGUCGUGGAACUCGCUCAUGCCAUAUCCCGUUUACUUGGCUGGACCUACUUUUUGUGUUGGGGAGUCUCUUCUUAUCCUCAACUUCUCAUCAACUAUUCACGAAAGUCAGUAACUGGUCUCGCUUUCGAUUUCUUCACCGUGAACAUCCUAGGCUUCGGCUGCUACACCAUCUCCUCGAUCCUAUUUCUAUUCUCCCCUGUGGUGCGAGAUGAAUAUGCGAGGCGCCAUCCUCGGUCUCCUGAGCCCACCGUCCGAUGGAACGAUCUGGCGUUUGCGAUUCAUGCAACCUUGUUCAGCGUCAUAACUUGGUCACAAUUCUUUUUUUGGGGAUAUAAGCGAGACCCCACACAAAGGUUGUCUCGCACGAUGCUAGCGUUAAUAGCCAUGUGUAUUGUUACAAUCCUGGUUUCCAUUGCUCUUGCCCUGAGUGGCAUAGCAGAUUUUGAAUGGAUUGACGUCGCCUAUACUCUACAAUUUGUCAAGUUGUUCAUCUCGAUAGUGAAGUACGUUCCUCAAGCAUGGCUUAAUUAUAAACGGGAGGCAACCACUGGUUGGUCGAUUCACAACAUUUUACUUGAUAUUUCUGGGGGUGUCUUAUCGCUGGCCCAGUUGGUUUUGGACUCCAGCCUUCAAAACGACUGGUCCGGCCUAACCGGCAAUCCCUUGAAAUUAUUCCUUUCACAAAUUUCUAUAUUUUUCGACAUUAUAUUCAUUAUUCAGCACUACGUAUUAUAUCGCUCCUCCAGUGAAAGUUCUACCUACUCGCAUCUUUCUCCGGAAGGAGAAGCCGAAAUAGGCUACGGAACACUUGAGCCACCCCCAAGGAUCCCAAGAGCAGGCGGUGAUAAACGAUCGCGCUCUUCCCCACUUUGUCGCUCCUUUGGUGAGGAAGAGCAGAGGUCAUUCGGAAGAUUUCGACACGGCUCGGAGGGAGAGGGGGCACCGAACGAGCUGGGGUUAAGGGGAAGGGAAAAGAAGGACUAUGGGGUCGGGGACAAGAGGAGUGAUGAAGAGGAGAGGGGGGGCUUGUUGGGCUCCAGCUUCAGUGAGACUUUCACUAGAGUAGGCGACACGGGGGCAACAGGUGAAUAA